AUGCCGCAAAUCGGUGCCCACUCUGGAGGAAUAUGGGGACUCGGUGCCAGCGUCGUGGAUGGGAAGAUUUAUACCAUUGGCGGUCAAGAUGAUUUGGUAGUUUCGGGCAAAGUCGUGAGAGAAUAUGAUCCCGAAAAGGAUGAGUGGACGGAUAAGAAGAAGCUGACACAGGGCAGAUUCCGGCUCGGCGCUGCCACGGUGCGGAACAAAAUCUAUGCCUUCGGCGGAACCGCCAAUAACUUUGAAACCCUUCCCAACGUUGAUGAAUAUGACCCCAAGACCGACACAUGGACGGUCAAGGCGAAUAUGCCGACCCCGCGAAUGGGAUUCGCCAUCGCUGUGGUAGGCGGCAAGAUUUAUACCAUUGGCGGCGCGGAAUCUUUCUUUUUUCCGUCCGCUGUGAUCGAGGUCUAUGACCCCGUAUCAGACACAUGGGAGAAAAAGGCGGACAUGCCCAAUCCGAGAUGGGGAAUGCCGGCGGUGGUAGUCAAAGGGAAGAUUUAUAUCUUUGGCGGCGCCUUGGAUAACACCCAUCAGAAGUAUACCGACCUCACUGAGGAAUACGACCCAAAGACGGACACCUGGACGAAGAAAGCCGAUAUGCCGAUUGAAUUUUACGAUAUGGCGGCGAGCUUCGUCAACAGUGGAAAAGCGUAUAUCAUUGGGGGAAAGACCUUCGAUGGGAGAGACAAAGAUGGCCCAAAGGUUGAAGGCUGGAUUCUUCACUGGACGGUACUGGAAUAUGACGUCGAAAAAAACAAGUGGCAACGGCUUAACGACGAGAUGCCGACCGGUAGGGGCACUUUAGCGACAGCCGCCGUGGAUGGAAAAAUUUACGCCAUUGGUGGGCAUCACAACGGUCCCCGCAGAGAGGUAGAAGUCUAUACCCCCGACGGCUGGCCCUUCCCAGAGAACUUUUCGGUUGAUCCACGGGAAAAGCUGGCGACGAAGUGGGGGGCAAUUAAGCAGAUACAGUAA